AUGUCAGUAUCCACUACUGCGACAAUUGUCUCUACCGGCUCUGCUCCCGCUAACUCUACAAACCGCAACAGCGCAGCUCAGCCAUUGAUUAUCAAACCAACAUUUGCUCCAACCGAGGAGUACUUGAAAAAGCAUGACUAUGCUGAGAAGAACGAGCUCUUCUUGUCCGAGAAGGAUACUCAACUUGCUGUAAAGUCUAUCCGUAACACCAUCAAGAACGAAGAAGCUCGUCUUCGUAGAAAGUACAAGUGGUUGAAAUAUCAAGAUGCCUUGGGCUUGUUGGCUUUCAGCAUCAGUGUAAUUUCAAUGCUUGCUGUUGGUUACUUGUAUUUGCAAGGUCGUCUUCAUUGGGCUUUGGUUGUUCCAUUGUUGGCUUUGCCUGCUUCCAUCUUGCACGAGUUGGAGCACGAUCUCAUCCACAAUCUCUACUUUAAAACCAAUCAAUGGGUUCACCAUGUCAUGUAUGCCUUUAUUUACGUUGCCAAAUUCUCCGUAACUCCAUGGUACAGAAAGUUUAUGCACUUGCGUCAUCAUCAAGUCUCCGGAUCCAAAUAUGAUUUAGAGGAAAGACUCAUUGGAAGCGGUCUACCAUUUGGUUUCUUGCGUCUUGCUCUUGUUUUGACUCCUUGGGCCAAUACCAUGGUUUUGGAUGAUAUUGAAAAGGAUAACCGUUCUGACUGGAGCAGAUGGGGACUUGUUAUUACAUGUAUCCCAACAGUUUUCACAUUCGCUGUUCUUUGGCAUUUGUUCUUUGGCUAUGUUCGUGCAAUUACUGGUUUAACCAUUACUGACUUUGAUCCAGUCUUGUAUUUGCCAUUGUGGGCUUGGCCAGUUGUAAGAGAUUUGGGCGUGUUGAUCUUGUUGCCUAACAUUUUGAGACAAGCUUGUUUGAAUUUGAUGGCUUCAUAUUGCCACUAUUACGGAGAUGUUCCUGCUGGUGACGUUUUCUAUCAAGGACAAGUUAUUGAUCACUGGACUAUGUGGCCAUUCCAAUUAUUCUGCUUUAACUUUGGUGCUACUCACAUUAUCCAUCACUUUGUUCCAAAUCAGCCAUUCUAUAUUCGUGAAGCCAUUUCUCGUAAAGCCAAUGCUGAAAUGAUAAGACAUGGCGUUAGAAAUAAUGACUGGGGAAUUGUCGCAAGAAACAAUCGUUAUUAUGAGUCAACCAAGCAUUUGCUCGAAGCUGACACAACUCAAGUCAUUAAUCCAGAACAAUGGAACGAGAUCAUUAAAUCUAAUUAG